AUGUAUCAAAUAUGUCAGUCAUUAACAGUCAGUCUAGUUCAUCCUGAAGAUGUAUCAACACUCAAUGAUCAAUUUAGUCUAGUUAAUGAAUAUUUUCAACAAUUAAAUGAACAAAAUAAACCUCCACAUGAAUUAAUUCAAUUAGAUAAUGAUAAUAUGAUACCUCGUUUCAGUUGGUAUAAACGAGAUUUACCUACGCCAAGUAAAGUUCAUAAACCUUUGCUUUGUUUCUUUAAUACUGUUACUUGUUUUGGUAAAAAAUAUAAAUAA